UUUAAUGUUGUGUUGUAUCACAUGUCAUAGAAUUAAAGUUAUGAUGGGGGCUGGUUGUCCCUUGUGCCACCAAUUAGUGCAGACAUGCAUUAUUACAUGAGCUUUCUAAUUGUCUUGCUCCUCUGUGUCUAUUACUGCGCUCCCCGGACAGACAGGAGGACAGGAGUGGGCACCCAAGCACCAGCUGUGCAUAUAAAAGCUCCUAAAUGCCAUCUUCGAUUGUUACCCAAGAUGUUAGGCAUAAAUCUCUGGGGUAAAUGGGAUUUUAAUAGCUUGGAGGCUUAAAAAAAGUAAAGAAAAUUGAUUCUGGUUAAUUGCAAGAAAUCAUUGAGAAAAAUGAAGAACUUGUUGAAGUGUUCAUAAAGUGAUUUAUUGAAAUGUAUAAAUGCAGCUCAAGUAUUUAAUUUUAUUUUUAAAAGUAAAGCCACAUUUAAUAAGUAUCUUUUGAGAUACACUUUUAAAUUGAACAUUCAAUUCUGUCCUCGUCUAUGAGAAACAGUAGAAGAAAUUUUUGUAUUUUGUAACUGCAGGCAUGUGAAAACUAUUCCUGUUGUCAAUGUUAUUUUUUAAAUAAGACAAUAAUAAACAGAUCCACUUUGUUGGCUCUCUGACUAAAUUAGAGUUUAACUUUUUUUUUUUUUUGCUAAAAGUUACAAACUGCUGUGAAUGUGUUGUUGGUUCUUGGAAGACACUAAAGCUGCCAUUUUAAAAUGUUCCAAUAACUUUAUGCUUGUGGAAUGUGUUGGGGUCUACUUCGUAGGUGUUUUGAUUAAAAGGCCACUUUAGACAAUCAUGUGAUUCUGUUUUCUGGUCCUGAUUGUCCUGUGAGACUCUUUGAGUUAUUUUUUCAAAUUAAUUUCCCAAACUGGGCUGUCUUUACUGAUAGUCUUGAGGGGCAACGAGGUUUAUAAACCACAGUUUCCCACUGAGAGACUUUGUCAUUUCGAUCCAGGUAGGAAUCCUUUUUGCAUGGUUAACACAAGCUAUUGUCUUGUGUUGUCAUUUGAUUAAUUUAUUGUGGAUGAUGCCUUGUUUUAAUGUAAUUCUUCAUCUGUUUUGCAAGUUUUUGUGCAGGUGGCUCCAUCAUGGAUCUGUGUGUGACCAUCAAAGGCGUCUCCUUUCUUUUGCAAACGGGUUUGGGCAUCCUGGGGAACUCUGUGGUGCUUCUGGCGUACAGCCACAUCAUUUGCACCGAACCGAAGCUCCUUCCUGUAGACAUGAUCCUGUGCCACCUCGCCUUUGCCAACUUGAUACUGCUUCUGACUCGUUGCGUACCCCAGACUAUGACAGUGUUUGGGCUGAAGGACCUCUUGAACGAUCCUGGCUGUAAGGUGGUCAUAUACGCUUAUCGUAUUGGCCGGGCUUUGUCGGUCUGCAUCACCUGCAUGCUCAGUGUGUUUCAAGCAGUGACCAUCGCCCCAGCUGGGCCCUUUCUGUCCAGAUUGAAGCCUGCACUGUCCUCCCUGGUCGUCCCAACCUUUGCAGGACUGUGGCUCCUCAACAUGGCCGUUUGCAUAGCAGCCCCUUUCUUUUCCAUGGCUCCACGAAAUGGCACCAUCCUGCCUUUUACACUCAACCUUGGCUUCUGUCAUGUGGACUUCAGAGACAACCUUUCAUAUGUUAUUAAUGGAGUGGCUGUGUCUGUUAGGGACUUUGCAUUUGUUGCCCUGAUGGUGGGCUCCAGCGGGUACAUUCUCCUGCUUCUCCAUCGACACAGUCGUCAGGUGAGAGUGAUACGUCGCUCACACGGCAACGGAGCAGAAACCAGGGCAGCCAAGACGGUACUGACCCUGGUGAUACUCUACGUAGUUUUCUUCGGUAUUGAUAACGUGAUCUGGAUCUACAUGUUGACUGUGUCAAAGGUGUCACCAGUGGUGGCUGAUAUGAGGGUUUUCUUCUCCUCCUGCUACGCCUCUCUCAGUCCCUACUUCAUCAUCUCCUCAAACAAGAAGGUCAAGGGGAAAAUAGUGUGUGCAGCUGAGCAAGACCAGCCAUCAGUGGAGACUCAGGAGUCAAAUGACAAAUGAUUCUGUCUCUGUCUUGGCAGCAAACCGACUCGCCUUUGCUGCGGCAGCGUUUUUCAGCGACAUCUUAUCGAUUGAUAUGCCUGGUGUUCUGACAAGCACUGGACCAUUAAAUGAUGAGAAGCUUGUGUAUUUUAUUUCUUUCAAAACAACAGUUUGUUCCACAUUUAUUUUUAAAGGAUUGUUUUAUUGUCAGUGCAUUAUUGUACAC